UUUUUUUUUUCUCUAUAAAAUCCAACCUAAACACUCUAAGAGAACCUUCUCCCGAUAAACCUUUUUUCACCUUCCCCUUUGUUUCUCAACAUCAUUCCCCAAUUUCCCCUUCUGUAUUGUUUUUCUUCAUUUCUCUUUUUCAAUCCCCGAUUUCCCCCUUCUUCGUUUUGUGUCUUCAUAAUUCAGAUCCUCUCUUCAAUCUAGGGUUCCUGGCUUAACGAAAUCAAAUGUUUAAGGAAGAAUUUCUAUGACGAUUCGCAACCCCAUGCGACGAAUCCGUCUCCUCCACUCCUUUUCCGUCGUCUUCCUCUACUGGUUCUACGUCUUCUCAUGAACUAACCCCCUCUCAAUCCCCUAAUUUCUCCAACAUUUCCCCCUUUUUCUAAUUAAUCAGAUCUGCAAAACCCUAAUUUCCCUAACCCUAACGAAACCCCCAAAUCCAAUGGCUUCGAUUCAACGCCCGGCGAGUUCGGGAUCGUCGGAGGGAGGAGAUCCGGUGAUGUACGAGAGGAAGAGGAAGCGUAUGGAGUCGAACCGCGAGUCCGCCCGGCGAUCGCGGAUGAAGAAGCAGAAGCAGCUCGAAGACCUAACCGACGAAGUGAGCCGAUUGGAAGGCGAGAACGCGCGUUUGGCGCCGAGCAUAAAAGUGAAGGAGGAAGCGUACGUUGAGAUGGAGGCCGCCAACGACAUCCUCAGAGCACAGACCAUGGAACUCGCCGACCGGUUAAGGUUUCUGAACUCCAUUAUUGAGAUCGCCGAUGAGGUCGGCGGCGAAUCCUUCGAGAUUCCGCAGAUUCCGGACCCUCUCUUCAUGCCCUGGCAGAUCCCCCACCCUAUGAUGGCAACGCCGCCUGACAUGUUCUUCCAUGGAAAUGAAGGCCUGUUUGCUUGAUAGUACUUCUAAUUAGGUUUAUUGUUGAUGUUCGUUCCCUAGUGUUGUUGGUGAAUAAAGAAAGGGAAUGGUGGUGUAUGGUGUUAAUUAAUGAGUCAUAUCGCGUGUUGGUGUGCUUUUUGUGUGUGUGUGUUUUAGAUCCGUGACUAUGUUUUGUGUAUGCAGUAUCGUUACAUGGUUGAACGUAUCUGCUUUGUUACAGUGACUGGUAUUGUGGUGUUGCAAGUUGCGGUUGUUUGUAUGAAAGUCUAAAAUUGAUUUUGAAGGGAAGGGAAUUAUGCUUAGAUAUUUUAUUAUAAAAUCAAAGAAACUUUUCAAA